GCAAAACUGAAUGCUGUGAUGUUCUAUAAUCCAUAUAGCCGACCUCACAUAGUGAGAUAAGACUUAAUUGUUGUUGUUGUAAAGAGAUUGGUGAGUUAUCUACCUAAAAACCUACUAUUCUUGGGGGCCAUAUAUGGUUAGGCGCCCCUUAGCUAAACCCAGCUGGCUAGACAUGCUCACCCACUUUUUUGCGUUCAAUACGACGUCUAUCAUGCAUGCAAGUGUAUCUGUAUAUAUAGAGAACUGAUGCUCGGAGCCAAAAUAAACAAGGCAAUCCAACAAACUAAAAUUGACUGAGAGCUUGAAAAAUCCAAAAAAAAAAAAAAAAAAAAAAAAAGAAGAUGGAAAGCCAGGGAUUAAGUUUAGAAAAUUACAUCUCAGCUUGGGGUUUGACAAAUUCCAUCUGCAAUCAAAUGGUUCUAAGAGCUGCAGUUGACCUAAAUGUCUUCAAUAUCCUUUCCAACUCAGGGCCUGGAGCUCAUCUUACUGUGGAGGAAAUCGCUUCUCGAAUUCCGACUGCAAAUCAUCCAAAUGCAAUUUUGAGUUUGGAGAGAAUGCUAAGAUUGCUGAGUGUCAAUUCCCUCCUAUCUACAUCUCUAAGACCAUGCCCAAUUGGUAAGUCCAAGCAAGAAAGGACUUAUGCCCUAAUAAAGGACACACUUUGUUUAGUGUCCAAUGAGAGUGGAGUUUCUCUAGCCCCAAUACUAAAGCUAUCAUCUGAAAUGGUCCCUGUGAAGAGCUUGUACAUGCUCAAGCACUGCGUGCUCGAAGAGGGGUGCGAUCCUUUCUACAAGGCCCAUGGAGAGACUACGUUCGAGCAUAUGUCGAAAAGACCUGAGCUUGGUCGAUUGUUCAGUGAGGCUAUGACCGUUUACUCUACUAUAUGUUUUGAUCAAAAGGUAUCACUGAAUAUAGAGGUUUUGAAGAGGUGACAGAGGUGAUGGAUGUAGGAGGUGGCAUGGGUAAUUCGCUUGCGAAAAUAGUAUCUAAAUAUCCCUACAUCCAUGGUAUUAACUUCGAUUUGCCUGAUGCUAU